AUGUUUAGCACGCGUAGGUUUUUUGGGCGAAAUGCUACACGCACGCUUCCUACUCUUCCUCUUCUGCCGCCUCAUUCCUCUUUUGCCGACCUCCUGAAACUGAAUUUCCUCCCUGGCUGUAGCGCGUUGUCCCCAGUCUUGCAGAGGUCCGCAGAUGCGCCUCUCUCCUCCCUGCAUUGGGCCUUGCUGGGACCUCUGAAGCGGCUUGGGUGGGAGGAGGCUCCAUACCCGUUCUUUGGGAACCAGCAGCAUGUCCCCGCCGUGUCGCUGAAAUCUUUAUUUGUCGCGGGCGAGGGCAGCUGCUGCGCAGUCGCGCCCGACCUGCGAUGCCAUCUGCACCUCUAG